CGACAACUUUCGACUACCUCGUCGUGGGUUGCCGUUUCUGUGCUCCCUCCCUAUCAUUUUUUCCCAACACAUACCCGUCAAGCCUAUCGUCAGGUCAGAAUGGGCACCGGCAAGAAGGAGGCUGCGCGCAAGACGCGCCAGGGCAAGGUCGGCGACGGCAUGGCCAACGUCAAGGUCAAGGGCGAGAACUUCUACAGAGAUGCCAAGAAGGUCAAGAAGCUCAACAUCCUCACAAAGGGAACUGCCCAGCGCAACGCCAGUGGUGACAUUACAAAAGCCGCCGUCUUCCAGUCGCGUGAGAGGCCGUCAGCUCGCAUCGAGCCCAACCGCAAGUGGUUCACCAACACCCGUGUCAUCUCACAGGAUGCCCUCUCCGCCUUCCGUGGCGCUGUCCAGGCUCAGCAGAAGGAUCCCUACUCAUACCUGCUCAAGCAAAACAAGCUGCCUAUGAGUCUGAUCAAGGACGACGAGACCAAGAAGAAUGGCUUGAAGCAACACCAGGCAAAGAUUGCUGUCGAGACGGCUCCCUUCUCAGACACCUUCGGUCCCAAGGCCCAGCGCAAACGCCCAAAGCUUGCUGUCAGCUCUCUCCUCGACCUCGCUGGCGAGUCGGACAAGAUGCACGAAACCUAUGUCGAUCGCUUAGAACAAGCUCGUCUUGCUAGCGGUCUCUCCGUCGACGAUGCUCAAGAUGCAGAGGUCGACGGUGCCUUGACUGCUGCAAGAGAGGCCAUCUUCUCAAAGGGUCAGAGCAAGCGUAUCUGGAACGAACUCUACAAGGUCAUCGACUCCAGUGAUGUUGUCAUCCACGUCCUGGAUGCCAGAGACCCUCUCGGUACUCGCUGCAGAAGUGUUGAAAAGUACAUUCGCGAGGAAGCCCCUCACAAGCAUCUUCUCUUCGUCCUCAACAAGUGCGAUCUGAUCCCCACAAGCGUUGCUAAUCAGGCCAACUGGGUCCGACUUCUUGGCAAGGAAUACCCCACUCUCGCUUUCCACGCCUCAAUCAACAACUCCUUCGGAAAGGGUUCCUUGAUCUCUCUUCUUCGUCAAUUCUCUGCUCUUCAUUCUUCCCGCAAGCAGAUCUCUGUUGGUUUCAUUGGAUACCCCAACACCGGCAAGUCCUCAAUCAUCAACACUUUGCGCAAGAAGAAGGUUUGCAACGUUGCCCCCAUUCCUGGUGAGACCAAGGUCUGGCAAUACAUCACAUUGAUGAAGCGUAUCUACCUCAUCGACUGCCCUGGUGUUGUCCCUCCAAACAUGGGUGAUACGGACGAAGACAUUCUCCUUCGCGGUGUCGUUCGUAUUGAGAACGUCGAGAACCCUGAACAAUAUGUCGCUGCUGCUUUAAGAAAGUGCAAGAGACAUCACGUUGAGAGAACCUACGACGUGCGCGACUGGGAGACGCCAGGCGAGUUCCUUGAGCUUCUGGCCCGCAAAGGUGGUAAGCUUCUGAAGGGUGGUGAGGCUGACAUGGACGGUGUUGCCAAGAUGGUCCUCAAUGACUUCCUUCGUGGCAAGAUCCCUUGGUUCACCCCGCCGCCGGCAUCUGCUGCCGCAUGGAGUGCUGCCGAGGAGGCCAAGGCCGAGCUUUUGACCGAGAUCAUCAAGAAGAGAAAGCGUGGUGCUGCUGAUGAAGGUGGCGAGGCAGAGGAAGAGGAGGACGAAGAAGAUGACGAAGACGAGGAGGACGAAGAAUUCGCCAGCUUCACAAGUGAUGAAGAGGACGAAGACGACGUCGAGGAGGGUGUUGCCAUCGAGGCCACCGAGGAAGGUUGA